AUGGCCCACGCUGGAUCUCCUCACGACUUUGACAGGAAGAACCUCGACAAGUUUUAUAUAUCGUCACCCAACAGCAAGUCGCCCCAGCGUACAAUGAAACGACGUCGUAGCAAUGGUGGUGGUGGUGCUUCUUCUCCUAAUGCUGUCUCAGCCAAACGUCAACAAAGCAGCAGUGUCCUCAAUGUCCUAGACGACGAUCCAUUCACCGAUCCAGAGAGCACAACAAAGAACAGCUCCAAUUUGCAGCAACAGGUGGCAUGUGCAAGAUCUCGUCUCUUGGGACGCUUAUCAGAAAAGUCGAGUCCUCCUCAUAUGCAUUGCCUUCAAGAUCAGUAUGCCAAGUUGUACGAUCUGCUGGAUCAGACCGUUUCCAAAGGUGAAAGCAACUCUUGUCUCUUGAUCGGCAACCGAGGUGUUGGCAAAACGAUGCUGGUACGACGUGCUCUGGAGGAUCUCGAUAAACAAUACAACCGUGGUAGCGAGGCAUCCAACUUUUGCGUUAUUCGACUCAACGGCCAAACAGAGACCACAGAUCGACUUGCUCUGAGUGAGAUUGCUAGGCAGCUCUUUCUUCAACAAAAGCAACCGGAUCAACAGCAGCAACAGAAUAGCCGUCAAUUUGCUUCAUUUGCAGAAUCCUUCGAUUAUCUAUUAUCAUUGAUCAAAGCGGGAGACAAGUCGACACUGCCGAUCAUUUUCAUCCUUGACGAAUUCGACCUUUUCGCACAACAACCAAAGCAAGCUUUACUUUACAACCUUUUCGAUGCAGCACAAAGUGCUCAAAGCCCAAUGGCUGUUAUUGGUUUGACAUGCAGACUGGAUGCAUUAUCAUUAUUGGAGAAGCGUGUCAAGUCGCGUUUUUCACAUCGUCAGAUCUACGUAUUUCCUCCAUCAACCUUUGGUGAAUUUAUAGAGUUGGCAAAGAGUCAAUUACGGUUACAGGUUGCACUUGGUGAUUAUGCAGCUUACAGCGUAUACGUCGAGAAAUUCAAUACAGCAUUGGAUGAUCUUUUCCAAAACCCAACCAUGAAUACGAUCUUAAGGCGCAUCUUUGACUUGACCAAGGAUAUCCGUUCAUUCUAUAAGCUCUGUUUUGAGCCUGUAUCCAAGUUGAGUCAAGAUAAUCCAUAUCUGCGAGUGGAGGAUUUCCAGGAAACUAGUGUCGCACAGCGUUCUGAUGCCAAAACGGAGAUCCUUAAAGGUGUGUCCAUGCUGGAGCUCGUUCUUAUUGUUUCAAUGAAGAAGCUUUUGGAAAAGGAUAUCACAACUUUCAACUUUGAAAUGGUAUAUGACGAAUACAAGGAUUUCAUGAAUCGAACGCAAGUGAGUGGUGGUGGAUUUGGCGUGAAAUUGUACAAGCGACCUGUUGCGCUCAAGGCAUUUGAAAACCUACAAGGGUUUGAGAUUGUAUGUCCAGUGGAAGAUAUUGCAAAGUGUCCAAAGGAAUAUCGAAUGGCACGAUUGAUGCUCGAGCAGCCGCAAGUAACGGAAGCCGUUCUCAAGUAUAAAAAUUGCCCAGCACCGAUCAAAAAGUGGGUCACCGGAUAA